AUGGCAUUAGCAAGCGCCCUCGAAGUCAUUUCUCUGGUUGAGCUCUCCGUCAAAUAUGGCGAAAUCAUCAAGACCUUCAUCCACGAUGUGAGAUACUCCGGCGAGGAGCAGGACGAGAUGCUAGUCGAUGUGUCCUAUCGCCUCAAAGUCAUCGAUCUGCACGAAGGGAUGCUGCAGAAGCUACCAAAAAGUGACGUCGAGGCACUGCAAGACAGGAUGAAAAGGAUGAAGAAGUCGGCCGAGGAGCUCGUGGGGUUCGCCCAAAAGCUGAGAACAAGUCCAUAUGGAGCGCUGAAAUGGGCGACUGGCAAGAAGAGGAAGCUGCAGAAGAUUGUCGACACGAUUUUAGGAGAUCAGGCUAACCUGGCGUUGGAACUCAUCGUCCAUGGCGUAUCCUCCAUCCUGCCGAUUGUUGAUGGCGAGACAAGAAAAAUAGUCGACUUCAUUGACAAGUCUCUGGCGAGACGCCAGGAUACGAGUCUUGAGGUGGAGCUGGAGCUUCCUCCAGUACUGCUACACGUAUUGGAUGGGCGCGAGCUUGAAGACGAUAACUUCGAAACGGGAAGAUCGCAAAAUGGGAAUCAUUCGAUUGUCGAGACGCACUCAUGGGAGAGUCCGCGUGACAAGGAAAACACGCUGCGCCGUAUCCGUGAAGUGGCGACGACCUUUCACGCCGCCACGCUAGAUGAUCGCAACUUUCAAUCCAGAAAGGCGAACAUUGCGCAGUGCCUUGGAUAUAUCCCAUUGAGCAAGUGUGCCAAAAUGAUCUUUGAGCUGCCGAGCGGCAUCGUAGGGAUCCAGUCGCUGCGUCAAUUAUUGGCCACAGAAAACACGUACAGUCUCAACGCUCGCCUUGGGCUGGCAAGAUCGCUCUCAACUGCCGUGUUCUUCACGCAUGCGUACCAUCAUACUGGCAGGUUUUGGAGAUUCCAGAGCAGUAUCCGGGACCUCGAGGGGGAUUAG